GUAUGAGCCAGAUAUUGAAUAUUAUUCUCAUUCAAAAGUGGUAAUUGGUGCUAUGGACACAUUGUCAUGCUCUGAAAUUCAAAAAUGAGCCAGCUGGGAUGUGUUGCGCGUCAGGAAAAGUGCAACUACCUGAAAUUGAAACACCACCUGAACCAUUGAACGGUUUACUUCUCGGCACGGAUCCAGAUUCUAACGUGUUCCUGAAGUCAAUUCGAACAUUCAAUUCAUGCUUUCAAAUGACAUCGUUCGGAGCAACAGAAAUAGUUCGAAAUACUAAUGCAAAUGGUCAACAAUACAAUUCUACAUUCAAAAUCAGAGGCCAAGUUUAUCAUAAAAUGGGCUCACUGCUGCCAAUGCCAAACGAACCACAUAAAUUCUUACAAAUCUACUUUAUGGGCGGCGAGGAUUCCGGAAGCGGACUUGCCAAUCGCAUGAAUGCACGUUGUGAUUAUAAUAACCUUGAUUCAUUUUAUGCCAGACGCAUCGUCAGCGAGCUAGAUGCUCUAUUGAACGAGCACAACAAAUUGUUGAAAAUAUUCAAAUCACAUAUGCACCAAUUACAAAGCGAUAAUCACGCUAUCGUCAUUAAUCCUGAUAAAACACCAGCUGGAGAGCAUAUUCGUAGAUUCAAUGCACCAGUUGUUGAUGAUGUUGCUGGAAUCAUGGUUGGCGAUUGUACAGCUGCACGAGAAAUUGUGAUUCGUAGAAGAAAUAAUAAUCUUCACUUCAUUACUGACACACAUCGCUCAUAUGACGCUCUCCAAUAUCCGCUAAUGUUCUGGAAGGGACAAGACGGAUAUUGUAUAAACAUAAAACAACAAGAUCCCGUAUCAGGAGCUGAAACAAACAAGAACGUUAGCUCAAAGGAUUAUUAUGCGUACCGAUUAAUGAUUAGACGUGGCCUGGACAACGUCAUUCUACGAUGUCGUGAGCUUUGUCAACAAUUCAUGGUGGACAUGUACGCGAAGAUUGAGAGCGAACGACCACGAUACUUACGAUAUAAUCAACUAAAGCUGCGCGCGGAAGAGUACAUUCAUUUGCGAGACGCUAUCAACAACAACGCCGACGUGGCCGAAAUUGGUAACCAUGUCAUUUUACCAUCAUCGUACGUAGGAAGUGCACGUCAUAUGCAAGACUAUAUACAGGAUGCUCUGACAUUCGUGCGCGAAUAUGGACGACCAUGUUUAUUUAUCACGUUCACAUGUAAUCCAAAAUGGCCAGAGAUUGCAUCUUUGCUACUGCCUGGCCAAAAUGCAAUACAUCGCCAUGACAUUACAGCACGUGUGUUCAGACAAAAGUUGAAGUCUUUAAUAAGUUUCAUUACUAAAUUAUAUGUAUUCGGCCCCACACGUUGCUGGCUGUAUUCGGUUGAGUUCCAAAAGCGAGGAUUACCUCAUGCACACAUUUUGGUUUGGUUAAUUGACAAAAUCCGUCCUGAAGAAAUCGAUAGUAUCAUUUCUGCGGAAAUUCCAGAUCUAUCCACUGACCAACUGCUGUUUGAUAUUGUUACAACAAACAUGAUUCAUGGUCCAUGUGGUACUUUUAAUAGUUCAUCGCCUUGCAUGGCAAAUGGAAAAUGUACUAAAAAUUUCCCUAAAGAUUUUACCAAUGAUACGGUCACAAAUGUCGACGGAUACCCAAUAUAUCGUCGAAGAAAUCCUGAUAAUGGCGGACAAUCAUUUAUUAAAAAUAUCAUCAACACGGACAUUGAUAUUGACAAUCGUUGGGUGGUGCCAUAUUCGCCUCUGCUGAGCAAGACAUAUAAUGCUCAUAUUAAUGUUGAGUUCUGCAGUUCUGUGAAGAGCAUCAAAUACAUUUGCAAGUAUGUCCAUAAAGGCAGUGAUAUGGCUGUGUUUAGAGUGGAAAAUACUAAUGUGAAUGCUCCUCCAGUGAAUAAAAACGAUGAAAUAACGCUCUACCAAAUUGGUCGGUACAUCAGCUCCAAUGAAGCUGCUUGGCGUAUCUUUGAUUUUCCAAUUCAUGAACGGGAUCCAGCAGUUGUUCAGUUAGCCGCCCAUCUUGAAAACGGUCAGCGUGUAUUUUUCACUAACGAGACAGCGAUUGAUCGUGCAAUAAAUCCACCUAAAACUACACUCACUGCAUUUUUUGAAUUGUGUAAUCGUGCGGAUGAUUUUGGUGUCUUUGCACGAACAUUACUCUAUUCAUAAGUACCACGCUAUUUCUCAUGGACUCAAACAAAAACAUGGAUGCCCCGCAAGCAAGGCUCACCAGUUGCUGCAUGUCUCAAUUUAUUUAAAUCAAACGCCUUGGGGCGAUUAUUUACAGUCAAUCCAAGACACACUGAGUGCACUGUGCAAAGGUACGCGAUUAGUCAUUCAAAAAUGAAUGAAAAACGUGAUCGAAGCCAGCAUUUUAAAUGGCAAGUUCAGAGGUGAAAAUAUACUAAUACCACGGAUUCCUAUUAUACCUACAGAUGUGCCAAUUCAAUUUAAACGUAUUCAGUUUCCGAUUAGAUUGGCAUUUGCAAUGACUAUCAACAAAUCUCAAGGUCAAACGAUGUCUAUUUGUAGCUUAGAUUUGAGAACACCAUGUUUUUCACACGGACAAUUAUACGUGGCAUGCUCUCG